AUGGAGGCUCCCGUUCCCAUGGACAACAAGUCAAAGACACUUCCUCCCUAUGGAAGCAUGAUGCCUCCUCUCAACCAUCUUCCACCCGCUCUUCACGGUCCCCCCCCUCCCGGUCCUCCUCGAAUUCCACCGCCGCCUCGUGACGGCCAGCAUCAUGGCUUGCCCGCUCCAAUCCACACCAGUCCCUACGAGCAGUCCUGGCGGUCACAACCAUACCCCCCACCACAUUACGAAACUGCUAUCGAACGACGCCAUUCAUCUGCUGUCACCAAUCCCCCGCCACAGUCGCAGCCUCCUCAUCCUCCUACUCACAUCCCUUACCCUACAGCGCCGCAUCCUUCACAGCAGCAAAGUCGUGAGUUACCCCAACUACCGCCGGGAGAUCCAUACCACCGUCCAAACAGUCUACCAGCUCCUGCGCCCUCUCAUCCAGUAGUACCUGAGGACCAUUCCCCUCGCGGUCCUUACAGACCCAUGAGUGGUGCGCAACCUGAACCUACCCCGCAUUCCGCGCCGCCGCCUGAUUACAGACCGCCGCGCAUACCUUACACGGGGCCUCCCGAGUCUCCAGUCCCAGGAACCGCUAAUGGCGACCUCCCAGGGCCUCCUCCACCUGGGUACAUCCAAAAUGUUCCUGCGGCCUACCAUGGUCAGCCACCCCCGAGUGCCGCUUUUGAGGGUGGCAAUUACCCUUAUGGGCGCCAGCGCAAAGCUGCCAGAGCUCAACAGGCCUGCGACCAAUGUCGCACACGCAAAGCUAAAUGUGACGAGGGUCGUCCGGCCUGCAGUAACUGCAAGGAUAACAAUCUUGCAUGCGUCUAUAAAGAAGUUCCUCCUCAUAAACAGGAAAAAACCACCCAGAUAAUCCUAGAUCGCAUCGAGCGAAAGGAGGAGGUGAUGAAGCAGUUGUUGGAUGUCAUCGUGGACAAGAUUGCAGCAACUGAUUCUCGUGUGGAUAAGCUGUUUGAAUAUUUCUCAGAGCAAGGACAUGCUCUUCCCGAUCAGAAAUCUUCUAGCAUUCCAACAAACAAUGCUACUUCAGAAUUGAGAAAGUCUCUACUUUCUACGUCAAGAUCCGAAACAGAGCAUGCGGAUGAAGGCUCACUGCUAAAAGAGAAACCGGAGACUCUGUCGUCCUUGGAGAAAUAUAAUCAAUUGCUGAAGCAAGAAGACACGAAGGUACCUAUGCAAAGUGAAAUCAACGCUGAAGAAGAAGGAGAGCUAUCAAUUCCUAUAGAACACACUACAGCUGCUCACAAGCUUUUGUCAUGGCCGUCGAUUAAUCGACUGUUGGACCGCCGUGUCGACGAAGACUACGUCUUGACAAACGAGAGAAAGAGAGGCUUGAUUCGUAUCUAUGGCUGUGGCGAAGGCCAUGAUCACGAUUCCAAAUACUAUUACCAACGAGAUCGAGCUCUCCCCUCCCGCGCCGAUAGCCCCGCAACAACAACGUCAUCAGCGAGCCCUCGCUAUGACGAAGAAUAUGCACAGGCUGCUUCCCCCAAUUGGGGCUAUGGUUUACCAGUGACGCCCAAUGGUGGUCGACCUGGAGAACGCCCCGGUGGUCUUGAUCAGAAUGGUUAUUUAAAUACUUCGCCUGAUGUUGUUCGGCGCCUUCAUCGCAGCUUUAUGGCUAAUAUACAUAUUCUCCAUCCGUUCCUUGACGCUGAUACUCUGGAGAGAAAAGUGGGAUUGUUUAUUAGGCAGUAUGGAAGAAAGAAUACGGUGAACCCGGGCGAAUCGCGUGGCAUGAAGCGAAAACGCUCUGCCGAGACUAUGCAUAAUAAUAAUGGGCCACAUGACAUGUCUCGUUCUCCCAGUAUGCAUUCGGAAAAAGCGCCGCCCCACAGGAUUGAACGCUCAAUUGACAAUGCAAUCAUUCUAAUGAUGCUCGCCCUCGGCGCGAUCUGUGAAUAUAAAGGUCCUAUACCCGGGUUUGCUCCUGACCCUCGUGAAAAAUCUCGAGCAGAAGCAUUUGCAGUGUCACCGGAGGCGCAGGCCGUCUUUAACGACAUUCUGUCACCGUCACCAGCAUCUGCACCAGCAUCGGCUGGUGUGGCAGGCCAGGCUUUCCAAUCCCCCAAUGUCCCAUCUCCUGAUCCCGCGUUCGAUUGGAAGACUCCGACCCCAAGGCCGGCUUCUAAAUUUGGACCAGAUAAUUAUUCUGAUGACUCUCACACCAGAAACAUUGAUGUAAUUCCGGGGCUAGCCUACUAUGCAUAUGCCGCAGGCAUUCUGGGAGACUUGCAGGGUGGAAUUGAGCUGCCUUAUGUGCAAGCGGCUAUUCUAGCAAGUCUUUAUGCUGGGCAGCUAGCUCAUCCAUUCCAGAGUCACGGCUGGAUUUUUCAGGCGGCUAGAGCAUGCCAAUUCAUAGUUCGAGCGAGAGACUAUAAUACCAUGAAAGAUGGUCCCCUAAAAGAAAUGUAUGAAUUUGCUUUUUGGACAUGUCUACAACAUGAAAGUGACCUGCUCGCCGAAUUGGAUCUCGCUGCCAGUGGUAUAUCCAGAUCUGAGUCGCGAAUAGCGCUUCCUAAAGGCAACUUUACGCUUAAGCUAACGAGUGAAAUUGAUGCCCCCGAAACUAAGAUGAUGUUUUACUAUUCAGCGCAAAUCCAUCUACGCAAGUUUUUGAACCGGGUCCAUACGGAUCUAUACAAGGUGGAUAGGAAGAGAGAAAAAUCGGACAAGUCGAGCGACAGAGAGUUUGAAGACCAAGUAGAGGAGAAACCGGAUUCUGACAAGAGACCGAAUAUCCCUUACCAGGUCCUGCAAGUACUUGGUGUGAACCUUGAUGCGUGGAAAAGCAGCCUGCCCCAAAUCAUGCAAUGGAAGGAAACAGAACCGCCUGCGUCGGACAUAAAUGCUGCGCGUUUACGUGCGAAAUAUUACGGUGCCCGAUAUAUUAUCUAUCGCCCGCUCUUACACUACGCUCUACAUCAAUUACCCCCUCCUGAUGUGGAGGCUUCAGCACCCGCCGAGACCCGUAGCUUUUCAGAGCAAUCAGAACCUAAACGUCGAGUCUCUUCGCUGAAGUCGCAGGGCCAUCAGGCCCUUAGUAUGGCGCGUUGGGCCAGCGAGCCCGGCAUUCCUGAUCAUAUCGAAGACGAAGCCAACAUCUACCCGACGAUUGAAUUCGACAGUCUCCCUCCACAAAUCCAGCAAGCAUGCUAUCAUUGCAUCAGGGCUGCAGUUCAAAGCACGAUAGCGUUUGACGGAGUCAAGGGACGUCCGAUCGUAACCAAUAUAUUUGGGACAGCUCACGCGCAAUUUGGCAACAUGCUUGUCUUAUCUGCUACCUAUAUGUCCGGUCUUCGACAACUGGUCGAACGUGACGAACUCGAACGGCUUCUGAAGCGCACCAUCAAAUUCCUCGCGCAGAGCAAAGACAUUUCACCGACUUUGAGGGCCGACGCGCAGAUCCUGUCCGGAAUUUACCAUAAGAUUUUCAAGCAAUCACCACAUACAAGUUUCACAACGGAGUCUUUUGGUAGUGUGAAUACUUAA